AGGGAGCAUUGUUCUCCACUUUCUUUUAUUUGGGACUCAAGUGUUCGGAAAAGUUCGUCAAAAUUCCGCUGUACCGGGACCACUCGUUGCACCUCUAUCAGCUCGUGUACCGAGCGAAUAGACGACGCCGGACAAUGCACACCAUACUGUACAACGAGAAAUUCUUCAUCGAAAACUACCCCCACGUGGACGAUGACGACGAGCUGUACCUGAACUACGACUGGUCCUCAGACUCGAUAUCACUCAAAAGCAACAUGAGUGGUUCCACCGGAUCGGAUCCGGACGGCAGUGGGGAAAGGCUCUCGCUUGCGUACGAAAAGCUCUCGCAAAUUCCACGCAAAAUUGCGGAAAAGUUUUCGCGGACCACCACGAUACUGGAUCUGAGCUACAAUAAUCUCAAAGAUCUCUCGUUCCUGUCCUACUUCCGGCAGCUGAACACACUCAUCCUGGACCACAACGAUCUGCCGGACGAGAAGACGUUCCCCUCGCUGCCCAACCUGGAGCUGCUCUGGCUCAACCACUGCAACAUCGAAAACGUCCAGGACUGGGUGUACCGAAUUCGCGAGUGCUGCCCCUCGCUCCGUUAUCUGUCCCUGCUGGGGAACCCCGGCGCGACGUCCUCCUUCAACGGGAACUCCACGCUGGAACACAACGACUACCGGAUGAUGGUGCUGGCGGUGCUGCCCCAGUUGCGCCACCUGGACGACGCCGAAGUGAACUCGAGCCAGCGGGCCCAGGCGCGACAGUUUAAGCACAGCUACAAUCUGGGCCAGACGCCGUUCAACAUCUUCGAGAGCAUUGGCCGGGGUCAGCAGCAGGCAAACAAGAGGGCGUCGGUGAGGCGACGACGCCUGCGGGAUCCCAAGGAGGAGGAGGAUUCCUAGAUGAACUUGGGGUUUUUUUUUUGACUGAACCAAAGUUUAGCAUUUACAUUGCAAGCAUCGAAUAUUCGUUUGGAAUUAAGAGACUUCAUGUGCACGCCAUAUUGUAUCUCCAACGUAGUUUUAAUUGUAUUUUAUACAAAAUAUUUUAAACUGUAAUUUUUACACUCGGUUUGUACCUAACAAUUUCAAUUAUACUGAAAGCAGAU